UUCUCAGGUUGCGUCAUCUGGCGCCGCGGCACGCUGAUGUUUGGAGUUAGGAGUGAGCUGGGAGACCCGGACGAUGGCGGCGGUUGAUGCCCCUUUGGGGUCAUUGGUAACGGGUCUGUACGACGUGCAGGCUUUCAAGUUUGGGAACUUCGUGCUGAAGAGUGGGCUCUCUUCCCCCGUGUACAUCGAUCUGCGGGGCAUCGUGUCUCGACCGCGUAUUCUGAAUCAGGUUGCAGAAAUUUUAUUUCAAACUGCCCAAAAUGCAGGGAUCAAUUUUGACACUGUGUGUGGAGUACCUUAUACAGCUUUACCGUUGGCUACGGUUAUCUGUUCAACCCACCAAAUCCCAAUGCUUAUCAGAAGGAAAGAAACAAAGGAUUAUGGUACUAAACGGCUUAUAGAAGGGGCUGUUAAUCCAGGAGAAACCUGUUUGAUCAUUGAAGAUGUUGUCACCAGCGGAUCUAGUGUUUUGGAAACUGCUGAGGUUCUUCAGAAAGAAGGCUUGAAGGUCACUGAUGCCAUAGUGCUGCUGGACAGAGAGCAGGGAGGCAAGGACAAGUUGCAGGCCCAUGGGAUUCGUCUCCACCCAGUGUGUACAUUGUCCAAAAUGCUGGAUAUUCUUGAGCAGCAGAAAAAAAUUGAUGCUGAGAUGGUGGAGAGAGUGAAGAGAUUUAUUCAGGAGAAUGUUUUUGUGGCAGCUAAUCCUAAUGGUUCUCUCCCUUCUCUGAAGAAAGAACCCAAAGAACUAAGUUUUGGUGCACGUGCAGAGCUACCUGGGAUCCACCCGGUUGCAUCAAAGCUUCUCAGGCUUAUGCAAAAGAAGGAGACCAAUCUGUGCCUAUCUGCUGAUAUCUCAGAGUCCAGAGAGCUACUGCAGCUAGCAGAUGCUUUGGGACCCAGAAUCUGCUUGCUUAAGACUCAUAUAGAUAUUUUGAAUGAUUUUACUCUGGAUGUGAUGAAGGAAUUAACCACUCUGGCGAAACGCCAUGAGUUUCUAAUAUUUGAAGACCGGAAAUUUGCAGAUAUAGGAAGCACAGUGAAAAAGCAGUAUGAAGGUAAGCAUUAUUCAGGAACCAACAAGAAGCAAAAUCCAGCCUAAACUGGCUGAAGAACAAAAGGAAAUGUAUUGGCUCACGUGACAGAGUCCAGCAGUAGAAACAGCCUGUCAAGCGUGGUUGGAUCUAGGAGCUCAAGUGAUAUCUUUCGCGCUUACUUUCUCCUCAAGUCUCAGCUCUGCUUUCUUCUCUCUUCUUUCUCAGGUAGGCACAUUCCUCAUGCCUGCCCCAAACCAAUCACUCAGGCCUGGGUAUA